GUGAUAUUGAAAGUAUGAACGAACGUUGAACUCGAGAUGGGCGAGCAGCAGCUGCAGGACACAAAUUGCUGCCAAAUUUGCCUUGCCAUGGCAUUGGCGCAGCUAGCUGGCAGGGAGCUGACUCCUGAGCUUGUAUUUGCGCAGCAAAACGCCAGGCAACAGGGUGAUUAGGACAGGUACGAAGAAGCCAUGAUAGUAAAGAGAGGUUGCUUGCUGCCUCCUUAUGCACCGUGAAAGGGCAGCAUAGGGAACUGACCCACCCUGGAGGUUGGUGAAGGUGUGGUGGUGUAUCGCUGAUUAGUGGGUUUUGCGAGCAAAAACAUGGCAAAUAGGACGGACCCCCGUGCUCGGAACAUUCAUGGCACGAAUCCACAGAAUCUUGUGGAGAAAAUUGUAAGAUCAAAAAUCUAUUCUAAUACAUACUGGAGGGAGCACUGCUUUGGGCUGACAGCUGAAACCCUGGUGGACAAGGCCAUGGAGCUGGACCACUUUGGCGGCACCUUCGGUGGCAACCGCAAGGCGACGCCCUUCCUCUGCUUGACCCUCAAGAUGCUGCAAAUCCAGCCAGAGAAGGAGAUUGUCGUCGAGUUCAUCAAGAACGAAGAUUACAAAUAUGUGCGCAUCCUAGGCGCGUUUUAUCUGCGCCUGGUUGGCAAGCCCACGGACGUAUACCAGUACCUGGAGCCCCUGUACAAUGACUACCGCAAGCUGCGCCAAAAGACAGCGGAAGGCAAAUACAUCCUGAGCCAUGUGGACGAGUUCAUUGACGAGCUCCUCACCCGAGACUCGCACUGUGACAUCACUCUUCCCCGCCUGCCAAAAAGGUAUACUCUGGAGUCAGCGGGCACUCUGGACCCUCGGAUAAGUGCGCUUGAAGACCAUUUCGAAGAGGAGGACGACGAAGAGGAGGGGGAGGACGCCAACGGGGCUGCACCCAUGGAGGUGGAUAACGCGAGGGGCCAUCACGAGAACGAUCGAGACAAGGACCGAGAGCGGGAGCUGGACAGGGAGAGGGAUCGACACCGGGAUCGGGAUCGAGACAGGGACAGAGAGCGCGACAGGGAGCGCGGCCACCACCGAGAAAGUGAGCGCGACCGUGACUAUUAUCGGGACCGCGACAGGGACCGCGACAGGGAUCGGGAUCGUGAGCGGGAUCGGGAGCGGGACCGGGAGCGUGGGCGGGGCGUGGACCGGAGGCACCGCUCGCGGUCACGAGAACGGGACAGGGACAGGUAUCAUGAUCGAGAGCGCAGCCGGAGUCGCGAAAGGGGAGUCGACAGGGAUCGUGACAGAGACCGGGGCCGUGAGCGAGAGCGGGAGCGCAGGCCUAGGGACCGCUCUGCUUCAGCAGAACCCGAGGAAAGAGGGGCGCGGCGCAGGCGAGAGCGGGACGAGGGCGCUGAAGAAGGGGAGAUGCGCGAGAAUGGUGAUGGAAAGAAGAAGAAGAAGAAGGCACCCGCCGCUGAUGGGACUGAUCACCCGGACCCAGAAAUUGCUGAAGCCAACAAGCUACGUGCUAAGUUGGGUCUAAAACCUUUGAAGUAGAGCGGUAAGUUGGGCACCGCUGUUCUCUCAAGCAUGUUCGGAAAGAGCUUCGAGUUUAAGAAUCAUCAGGAUAUUUUAAUCAUGAAGCUCGGAACUUUUUGUUCUCAACCUGAAGGCACGUAUUGACAUAGUUGGCUUUUGUCAUCCUUGUCGUGGAAAGUUUUCAUCAAUCUGACGGUUCGUGAUUCAGCAUACAAAUUUUGCCUGUACCAGUGGUGCAACAAAACCUUAGGUAAAGCAUGCUUGAAGCUUUUGGACGAUGUAAAAGCACCGGAGCGGGAGCAUCUUGCUAUAGGGGCCUGAAUUGUUACGUUCAUCAUGGCUCCUUAAAACAUAGUAGUUUGUUGGAAACGGGCUUACUCGCGGAGGAAGAAAGUCCUUCAAGUGGAGGCACAUAGCAAGCCGGUUGUGCUAUUUGUGGUCAUACCUUGAUGUGGUUGAGUGGUAAGUUGAGUGUUUGACUUGUGGAAACUACCAACUCCUACCUAGUGCGUUCACUAGCCAAUUGCAACUUCGUAUACUGGCAGUGAGCCAUCGAUUGCCUCUUAAUUGCAAAAGGUGGUGAGCAUUGGUGGCAGCUCCGUGUGCUGACAAGCAAUCUUCCAUAAACAUGGUCCAAAUUCCUCCUCUCAAUUGCAAAGAUCGAUG